AACUGUGUUUAUUGUUAUCUUUGUCGUUUAACAUUUCGAAAAUAACUCAUCAUAGAAAUGUAAAUCUAGAUCAGACUGGAGACGUGAAGGCGACGUGCAUCCUGGCCCCACCUCUCCCCCACAGGAAGGAAGUAUUCGUCGGUGCCGCGCUCGCUUGACGUGAGCGCGCAUGCUCAUAUGGGGCGGGACCGAAUGCAGGCGGUCACGAUGGUCACCCAAACAUUUCACAUCUGUAGUUAAGUUGACCAAGAGGACACUCCUCAUUAGCAAGGGGGGAAAAACACGGGAACAUUUAGUUACAGUUCCACUUUUAGAUUUAUUUUGUAUUGUUGUUGCCUUGGAUUAUAUUCUUAUAUUAAGAAUCUAUUUUUUUAGAGCUCGCGUUUAUCCUUUUUGGAGGGGGGGAUUAUCGUAACGUUAUUUCCACAACAUACUGUGAAGAUGGGACGUUUUAUGUGAGCGAAACGUGUUUCGCGCAUUUUGGAUGGUGGCUUUGUUGCAGCCCAUGUUUUGGUAAAUACAAGGAAGUCAUCUUGUCUGCGUGCAGUGUCAGUGCAGAACCAGCUCACCAUGAGUCCCCUCACCACACCUAAAAAGGGAAGGGAAGUGGGUUCCGUCGACCCCUGGACGCCGACCUCCAACCUUAAAAUGCUCAUCAGCGCUGCUAGUCCUGACAUCAGGAACCGAGAGAAGGAGCUGUGCAUGGACAACGACGACCGGGACGGUCUCGACGCUUCACAGGACACUGACAAUGGAGAAGAGUUGGAGAAAAUGAUCAGCAGGAAGGAGAAGAGUCUGGGUUUGCUCUGUCACAAGUUCCUCGCCCGCUACCCUGAUUACCCGAACCCUGCCCUGAACAACGACAUCUGCCUGGACGAUGUGGCCACUGAGCUCAGCGUAGAGCGCCGGCGCAUCUACGACAUCAUGAACGUGCUGGAGAGCCUGCACAUGGUGAGCCGCUCGGCCAAGAACCGCUACACAUGGCACGGCCGCACCAAACUGGUGCAGACGCUGGCCAUUUUGAAGCGGGUGGGCGAGGAUCAGCGGUACGGCCAGCAGAUGCUGCACAUCCGGCAGCGUCUCCUGGAGCGUGACCUCGACGGGGAGGAGAAGGAGAACAGCGAGGGGGAGGCGAAGCUGGAGAGCGUGGAGCAGGGACAGAAGGAGCUCUUCUUCGUGGAGCUUCCGGGAGUCGAGUUUAAAGCGGCCUCCGUUAACAGUCGGAAGGACAAAUCUCUGAGGGUGAUGAGCCAGAAGUUCGUCAUGCUCUUCCUGGUGUCGGCUCCUCGCGUGGUCAGUCUGGACGUGGCCGCCAAGAUCCUGAUCGGCGAGGACCAGGGAGCAGAUCAAGACAAGAACAAGUUCAAGACCAAAGUGCGGCGGCUGUAUGAUAUUGCGAAUGUGCUGCGCAGCCUGAAACUCAUCGAGAAGGUUCACGUGACCGAAACGAGGGGGAGGAAACCGGCCUUUGAAUGGGUCGGGCCCGAAGAAUUCCCACAAGUCAAAGACCUGGAGUGCUUCACAUCGGAGUGCUUCACAUCGGAGUGCGCGGCCGCCAAGAAAAGUGUUCUGGAGUCCCGAGCGUCCGUAGACAACUGUGCAAAAAAGCUGUUUUCAUCGCCCGGGGCCAAGCGCGGCUUCACCCGCCACCCCUCCCUCAUCAAGCUGGCCAAGAGCAUCCAGGACGACCGGCGGAAGGUGAACUCUGCCCCCAGCAGUCCUGUCAGGAGCGAUUCAUCAAAUGCUUCCACCCGGAACAAAAUGGCCCAACUUGCCGCUAUUUGUAAGAUCGAGCUCGACCAGAAGUCACGGGUCAGAGUUGAGGCCGCCGCCGCUGCUAUGAGACGAGAGACGACCUCCGUUUCCAUGGAGUCGCCUCAAGCCCUGUUGCUGAGUCCGACCCCGGAGACGAUCGUCCACCUCACGCCCAACACGCCGCUGGCGGCCCUGCCCCCGGGCUCCGUCGCCUACAUCCCCACCCAGGGUUCGCCCCUGAUCCCCGUCCUGCUGCAGCAGCAUCGGGGCGGCGUGCCCUACGCCGUGUACCUGCAGUCUUCUUCUUCUUCCCCGCGGCCGAACACUCUGGUCAGGCCGCAGCCGACCAGCCUCGCCGUGCGCUCCAUGACCUUUGAGGACAAGAACGGGCAGAGCCCCACGGGCCAGUGUGCGGCCAGGAGCGUGCCGACCUUCAGGCCGUCGGACGUCAGCCCGCUGGUGCUCAAGCGGUUGCUUUCAGGUUCGGUCUUAGAGAGCAGCCCCUCGAAGGCCAAGAGGACCGAGCCCAGCUGUAAGGAAACGUCUCCAAAGCUGUGUGAGAUCCUCCAGGCCCGCCUGAAGGCCCGUCAGCCCUCGAGCCGGCCCUCGCCCCGAGCCCUCCACCUGGACCCGGAGUUUGUCAACACCCCCACCGGCGCCGUAGCCCAUCAGACACUAGCGCAGAGCAUGGAGACCUUCUUGGACCGGGAGGACGGCGAGGCCGGGUUAACGCCCGUCAGAGUCGUCCCGCUCACACCGGGACACCUGCACGCCGAGUCUUUAGUACCGGCCGGGUACCUGAUCCCGAUCUCCCAGCAGUCGCUCAUCAGCUACAAUUCAGCAAUUCAAGAUUCAGGGAGAGAAAUCAACAAGGCCUCAACUCCCACGUACAACAUCUACCAAACGCCAACCGCAGGCUCCAGACCGGCCCUCGCCCAGGAGAUCACGCCCAUCAGCCUUCGUUUUCACAAACCCGCCGCGGCGGCCACCUCGCCACACGCCAUCCAGCAGGGCCACCGGCUCCACAGCCCCAGUCCUGCCAUCCUGAACUUCACCCUGCAGAACCUGGGCCUGAUCUCCAGCCCGGGGAACGCUUUCGCCGCCCUCCCGACUCCAGAGUGUGCCAACGCCCUGCCCAGCCCGCUGGCUCUGCAGCAGAGGGGCAUGGUCUUCAUCAAACCGGUGUCCCCGGUGCCGCAGUCGGUGUCGGGGACACCGAUGGCCCUGUUCAGUGUACAGCAGCCUCUGAUGACCACCCCCAAAGGCACGGGGCUCCCGCAGCAAAGCUUCUUCCACACGCCGGUCCCCGGCUCCCCCCUUGCUGCUAUGGUAACCACCGGCGGGCACCUGGCCCCCAAAACUGUUUACAUCCCUCAGAGGAAGCUGGACGUCGCCACUGAGGACUCCUGAGGGGAAACCCAUCUGAUGACUGUGUACAUGAUGUAUGUUGUGUGUGGGUGACUGUCUUUUUAAAAAAAACACACAUUUCUCAGUCAGUUUUCAGCCUUUUCCAGUAUUCGUAACCUCUGAACAUUUCACCGCCGACGUUCUGGUCCCAACCAGCUCUAAAAGUAGCUGCCAUGCAGACCUUGGUUGUGGGCCCGUGGAAAGAUACCCAAUAGAGUUCUCCGGACACUCAACACUCACUGUCGUCAUGCCGACUGUGAUGCUGGUAGAAAGACUACAUCGACAUGGCCCAAUGGAGGAUUUAUUUUCUUGAUUCUUUUUUAUUUGGGUGUUAUUUCUGUUUAUGUGGGUGAUGUAAACACCAAUUUUCCUUUAAUUUUUUCGAAUUACCAAGAGUAGUCACUCAAAAAAAAUCAAUGCUGUAAAAGCAAAACACUUAACAUGGAUGUUGUGAUUGGGCACAUCGUUGAUUGAGAGUUUUGUCACCUAAUGAGAAGACUUUUGCACAAAUAUACAUGAUAACUUACCCCUGUUUAGAAAAAAAAUGAAUGCGUGUGUGUGAUUCUAAGAUUAAUCAAAUGAAUUUAAUUUAUAUGGAAAUCACCUUUUUGUUUUCUGAUGUCUUGCUGAAUGUAAAAUGCUAAUUGGAUUUUAAUACAUUUUUUUUCUAUGAACACGGUGUGAUGUUGGUCUGUGUUUUGGGUUUACUUCACAACUAUUUGAUUAGAUUACUUUUAUUAUCAUUAAUUUAGUUCAGUGGUUCUUAACCUUUUUUUCAGUGAUGAAUGGAAUAUUUUCUCAACCAGCGCAAAGUAUUGUUGGUUGAGGAAAAAAAGAUGUAAUACGCGCAGCGCUGUGCCAUCUGCAUCAGAUUUAAUAUAAAAUAUAUACAAUUGAA